AAAUUCCGAAGUAUUAUCUCUUCUCCUCAUCUGUUAGACUGUUACCACCUGCUGAGGCUACAAAAAUAGCUUAAAUGAUAAUGAUAGUGACAUAACCCUUAGCAAAUCCAAACUUAUCUGUUUGGAACCCACAAAUCCUUCAUAUCUCUCCUUGUUCUUCUGGUUCUUCUUCUGGAAGAAAGUGAAGAAGGCAACCUCAGAUUCAGUGACGGUGAAGCUUAUAUCUCAGUUUUUCUUUUUUCAGAUCAAGAAGAACCAUAUAAAACUCAAAAAGGAGAGAGAACAGGGGAAGAAAACCCUCACCCAAGUGUAUGAAAUCUAGCCGUUAGAACUACCUAUUAAAACAAAAAAGGAGAAAUUGCCUCCAAGGAGAGGAAAAAGAAGAAGAAGAAGAUAGGGAAAAUUUGUUUUCUUUCACAGAGAUCUUCUUGUUUAGAAGGACGGAGAGAUGUUUUCUCCUCUGCUAAUCUCCUUUGUGGUUCGAUUUCUGCUUCGAACUCGCUUGUUUUUCACGGUUCCUAUGAUGUAAAAGAGAUACAGAGUUCUCUAAACGAAAGAGAUGAUGCGCCUGCCGUCAGAUUAGCAUCUUCUAUUGACGAAACUUGAUUCUCGACUCAUCGUUGAAUCCACAUGGAGCACCAUGUACGGCCGAGCAAUGGAAGCAGUAACAGUAGCAGCAACAGCAGCAGAGCAGGAAUGUCACGCAACACUUACAGCAACGAAGCCAACUUCGACACUAACAUGGUUAUCAUCCUCGCAGCUUUGCUAUGUGCGUUGAUCUGCGCCCUUGGAUUGAACUCGAUAGUACGAUGUGCCUUACGUUGUGGCCGUCGAUUUGCCUUCGAAUCUCCGGGCGAUACUGCGACACGGUUAGCUGCCAGGGGUCUUAAGAAGAGCGCGCUGCGUCGGAUACCCGUGACGGCAUACGGGUCGGGUAGUAGUAUUCAGGCAACCGAAUGCCCGAUCUGCUUGGGAGAAUUUGUGGAGGGAGAGAAACUGCGUGUCUUACCUAAAUGCAACCAUGGGUUCCAUGUGAAGUGUAUUGACACGUGGCUUGUGUCACAUUCGUCUUGCCCGACAUGCCGGCACUCAUUGUUGGAUCGGGCGAUGACAUCGGGUUCUGUGGAUGUGGAUAGCGGGACUGUCCCGACCUCCGGGGAGGGUUCUGUGGUGGUGGAUCUCGAUGAUAUUAGUUGAAAUUUGGUGUUUUUAGUAUAUAUUUUUUUUUAGUUAAGGAAUGUAAUUUUAGAGAUUUAUAGAGAGAGGAGAGAUAAAUGGAUUCCAUAGUGAGAUAAAGAAACGGAAAGGGGUUUUUUUUUGGUUGUUAAUUGGGAGGAAUUUUCCCUUUUAGAAGAUAUUAUUGAUGGAGCAUGAAGGAAUAGUGGAUGUAUUGACUUUAUCUGAUUUUUACACUAUUUUGUCGA